AUGUGUUUUACAGAAUUGAAUUUGACCUUGGUUGUAGAAAGAAAGCGAGAGAUGGAUGGAAGCUCUAUAUUAUCAUUCCAUGAUUUGCAAAUGAGUGCAGAAAAAGGGGACUGUUUUGUCAGUAAUGAAACAAAACUCUUGAAUGUAAAGUCUGCCAACAAUUUUAUUGUUAAGAAGGCACCACCGACUAUUCGUUAUAUCCCGGAUUUCAUUAGUCCGGAAGAAGAACAGUUCCUUCUACACAAUAUAUACAAGGUUCCAAAACCGAAGUGGCAUAAUCUUUUAAACAGAAGAUUACAGGACUGGGGUGGUGCUCUAUGCAAAGAUUAUCUAAUUCAGGAUAGCGAUAUUCCACCGUGGUUGAAUGCUGUUAUUGAGCAGUUGGUGGCAAUUGAUGACACCUUUCCUCCUGCUCAUCGUCCAAACCAUGUUUUAAUCAAUGAAUAUCUUCCUGGACAAGGCAUUAUGGCGCAUACAGAUGGUCCUGCUUUUUAUCCAUUGGUUGCUACGAUUUCGUUGAACAGUGAUGUCCUUAUCGAUUAUUACAAGCCUUUUGAUCCGGAGAAAUCCGAAGCAAGAGAAAGACGAUAUUUGGGCUCCAUGCUCUUGAAACGUCGUAGCUUGGUUCUGAUGAGUGAUGAUAUAUAUACAUAUUGGCACGAAAUUGCAGAUCGAUUAGUUGAUGUCAUCACUGAUAGUGUCUUUAAUCUGGAACAUGUAGAUGAAACUGUUGGUGAAGUCAUAUCUCGUACUUGCAGGUCAGUAAAAUGCAAACAAUCAUCAUAA